AUGUCGUCGACGAUGGAUCGGGGUCCAGGUGAGCUGCCCAAGCCUGCGGACGAAAUCCCAUCUCCGCCGUUGCUUGCGGCUGGAGAGACCAUGGUUGAUAGGCAAGCCACCAUCGACGGCAAGACUUUGGUCGAGCACGGCAAUACACUUGCUGACCUGGCUUCACCUGUGGAUGCAGCUUCAAGCCAGGUGGAUGUCUCCCUGAGCGACGUUAUAUCUCCAGCCGUGGGAGGCGUGGCCUCUGCUACAGGUGGCAUUCCCACCUUGUCUCCGUCGCUCAUGGAAGAUGUCUCAACUGAGGCCGUUCUGUCUAUGAGCCAGCUCCCUCCCGGUGGAAUUACCGUUAUGCCUGGAGAGGCAGUCAAGGUAUGGGAGGGAAAGCUCAUCCAUGAGCUUCACACUGAUGGAAAAAAAAUGACGAGAGUCUAUAGCUACGGUCCUACUCCUGAGCAGCUACAAAUUAUCCAACAGGCACACGAAGCAACGGGAUUCUUGCGGGAGUUGCGGGAUGAAGCGGCAAAUGCACAUUCAAGGAAUUUGCAGGAGGACAACGACAAUCCAAAAGACCAAGAGCUACCAGAUAUCUCCCAGCAGGUCGAACGAAUUAUCCAGGAAGUUAUCAAGGAAAAUAUGCCAUCGCCACCGCCACCGCCGGGAGACAUUGUGCAACAAGUCCAACAGUUGGCUCGCUUAAGAUCUCGAGUAUCUCAUCCACCUCGACAGACUCUCCAAAUCACUUCCCAUGAUGCUAUUCAAUCCGCUCAGGAUAUCAUACAGCAAGCUUUGCAGAAACUACAAGUACUGCAGAAGAUACCCAUCAGCAGCAGUCACUCUUUGCCCUCCGUAUCAAUCCAAUCGCAGCCUAGACUGCAGCCUCAACCCAUGGCCCUAUUGAGGAGACCUACAGCCAAAGCUAGGGCUCAAACAACAGCAGAAGCCGCCCAUGAUACUGUUACUCGACGUAGCUUUUUGAGCGUUGAACAUUACAGCAUCGCUCGAGAGCAAAAUUCUAUCAAUGAGGAAUCCAGCCUUAUCGAUCAGUUGGAAUCAAUAGACCCAAGCGACCCUACGAUUGCAACCCGGAGAUCAAAGGUCAAAGCACGGUGGGUCAUUCUGGGAAAACGAGGCAACGCUUUGGGGGAUCAACGUCGUCUUUUGAAACAGCUUGAGGCCAAAGGAACUAACAGGGAGAAGAAGAUGGGGGCCCGUGCUAGUAUCCUAGGCCCCAGCGAUGCUCAUCUCGUCACACAGAGCGGUUCUGUUCAGGGUAGUAUGGGCCCUGCCGCAGCUAACCCGGCGGCUAUUUUCGGUAGGCCCGAAGCUCUUUUCCCCCCCUAUCUUGAGCCUUCUGCAGCUGUAUAUGACAGCCCUAACGGUGUGCCUGAAGUUCGUACUCCCUCAUAUUCUCAGCAACGCUUGUACUCUGACAGCUUCUUAAUGGGCUCGUCGGGCCAGCAACCUCCGGUUGCUCAAGUGUACUCUCCGCCUGGACUGUCUCCACCGGGAUCUCAUGCGAGCUACCGACCUAACACUCAUGCACCUACCUACCUAGGACAGCGAAGCCUGCCGGAUACUCCCGAAGCCCGUAACCAUGCCAAUACUACGAACAUGGACCUUGACGCUCAGAUGAGGGCCCGAGUGGAUGCGAUAGAGAGAGCGGAGAGACGAACCAACCCGAUGGUCAGUGCAACAGCAGAAGAUCGUGUCCCACCCAUGGUAAGACUUCAACCAGACAAAUGGGUGAAACAAUAUUCCCAUGUAGAAGCAUACAAGAACGCAUUGCAGGAGCAGAAGGCUAGGAUGGACGAGAAGGCAAAAGCAGAUAAGAAGGAAAAAGAAGACAAGGCGGCUGCAGAACCGACCUGGAGCGGCAAGCUUGAGAACAUUCCGCAUCCCAUGGUCAAGCUGGAGAAGACGGAGAGGAUAUUCAUCAAAUCGGAAUUUCCAUCCUACGAAGAGAGUCCCACAACAACCGGUCGAGAUGGGCAGAUGAAGAUGGAUCUUUUCAGAUAA